AUGUCGGAAAACGACACAGAGCUUGUGCAGAUAUUGCCCUUCUCGUCUGAGAAAAAAGAAGAGGGAGAGGAGGAAGAUGGGAGUCCGAUAAGAUCCAUAUUUUGCCUCAAGAGCAAGAGCCCCGCAGACAUCAAACGCAUAGAAGAAAUCGAGGACUGCUUCAUUUUGGAGUUCGACCCCUACGAGUCCAUUGACCUCUCCAAGUUCACAGUCCCUGCUGAUGCUGAUGGUGCUACUCAUCUCUUUGUUAUUGCUGAAAAAGGCCAGGUGGCUUGUAGAGAUUAUCCACAUUCAAGACAUCUGUGUCUGAAUUUCCCUUUUGAGGCAACACCUCAUGAGAACUACUGCAACCUGUGUUACUGUUACGUUUGCGAUUCAGCGGCUCCAUGCAAGUAUUGGACGGAGCCGAUACCACCACAUUGUGAUGCUUCGGAGAAUGUUGAAGGUUGGAUGAUCCAAAGGAAUUUGAGGAAACGCCAAGAGGGGUUUGCAAAUGAAUUAGUUAAUUCUCAACAUCUUUGUUGAGUAUUACAAUGUAAAAAAAUUGUGUUAUAUGGUGAAAAUAUAUUAUAAGU